CAACGGCUCAUGUCACUUCACAUCAACAACAACGUGAGGUUGUAAUUUACCUAAGAUAAACUGUAUGGCCCCUACAUGACUUUCCUUGACAAUGCCAAAAAGGAAGCAUGAAGAAAAAGCUAGAGGUUGAAGAUGAUGGUGUCAAGGACCUUGAAAUCAUCAAAGCAGUGGCACAAGCCUGGCACAGUCACUCCGGGUGCACCAGGCAAACCAAUGAAUACGAUGCCUACAGGCGAAAUUUCAAAGGCAAGCCUUCUAGGUUCAAGCUUGAAGCAAUGAGCAGGCCAUCGUCUGUCAAGGACAAUGUUGCUACCCCAUGUUGGGACUUCCGGCAGUCACUGUGGGAUUCAUAUGAGAUUGUCACGGUGGCCAAAAAGCUAGAGACCGGCCUGGUUUUUGAUGACCCUUUCACAGGGUUAGAAGAUAUGAGUAGAGCUCAAAGGAAGCACAAGGAGAGUAAGAAUGGCCUUAGGAAUUUGUUCAAGUGGGUGACCUCGAGGAGAUUCAAUGAAGCUGAUAUUCCUCGUGAAAAUAGGAAUGGGUUUUGAUCUGUUUUUUAGUUUUAUUAGCCUUUGGGUUUGUGUGAAAAUUGUGAACUGGAUUGUCAGCUCAACACACAGCAGUUUUUCCUCCUGCAACUGUAAACAUGGAGAUGGUAGCUCUUUUUAGCGUGAUAUCAACAGCAACCUGUUUUGAAGGUUAUCCUUCCUCUUUUUGCAUCCAUUGAUUUCUGUGCAUUUGCUGAAACAUGUUCUCUGCAAAGCUAGGACUCUUCCUGGUCAGGACUUAUGGAGAUGCAAUCAGUUAUUUCUUCUCAUAGUGUAAAACUUGCCAAUCAUCUUUCAUCUCAACCAAUAUUGUAAAGCUAAACCAAUUUGAUGUCUUCCUUACAUAAAUUUUCUUCAUUCACUUCACCAGUUGCUUCUUUUGCAGUACUCUAUGCUACUGCUCAUAAAGACCUAUUUAUGACAUAACUCUGUUGUUUUCUUUACAAUUUUUCUGAUCUUCAGUAGGAAUAACAAGCCAGCAAGUGGAUCGGAUCUUGAAAAGUUCCAAUUUACAUAUAAAAUGGCCCUGUCCCUACUCCCUUGGGAUAUUCUCUGCUAUGAUCUCAAGGCACUUUACAUCUUUACCAUAACAUUAUUGCAGGCUUGCAGGAAUACUAAUUAGCUACUUGGACGGAAUCUUUUGCCUUGGCAACAUAGUUUAGAGUUAAAUAGCAGUUGAAAAGAUCAAGAUCAGCAUCUCGAUCACGGUCCAGACAGAGAAAGAUAUUCAAUACUAUUUGGCAAAAAGCCUGCUUUCAUUCAACUGCUAUAGGUUGGCUGCUGGCGAUGCCCGUAUUGUGUUAAUGGAUAUGAAUUUUUAAUGGCUCGACUUGAUUUUAAUAUUCA